AAUCCACCUUUAGUCUGUUCCGUGUGGCCCCUUUGGAACAUUCUCCAUCAACUUGCCGACAUCUUCAUCGUGCCCCUUCUUCCGCUGCUUGGUGGGUUGGGGUCCUCGUGUGUGCUGUCCCACUUUGCAAGGAAUGACAAGUAACUCAAUUUCAACGACAUGAAGACCAGCAGAUGGUGCAUCAUGUCAGCCUGGUUUGCAGUCAUAGUUCUGAUUGCUUUGAGUGUGGGUACUCAGGCACAAUAUUCCUUCUCGGUCACGGAGGGCAUGCCAAACGGUACCCCGUCCAGAGAUGAACUGCAACAAUUGAUCAAAGGGGAAAUAAAUGAUGGCAAGAAACGACUUGCUCAGAACUUCCUUACUACUGAACUUCGCAAUAGAGACUCCAUUGAUGUGACUCCAGCAUUCACAUGGAAACUGGGUACUAUCAAAGGUUCUGCUGCAUCUACAUUUCGCUCUUUCAACCAAAGCUUUAUUUUGUCUGGAAAAAUACUGUACCGUUUGAUUGAGGGACCAGGACAAAGUAAUUACAAUACAGAACAAGUUGCCAAGUUUCCAGAAUUUCUGGGCGAUAUUGCUUUUAUGGAGAGUGUGGAAUGGGAGGGCUUACUUUAUUUGGUUGCAGCAUACAAGGAAGGACUUCUUCAACUUUUUACAGUAGCCCAAACUAAUGAAGUUAUUUUGCGCCAGUCUAUUGAGUGCCAUGGAACACCUACAGAUGCUGAGUUUUUUAUGCAAGAUGAGAAAUUAUUCCUUAUUGUCUCUGCCAAAAAUGGUUCUGCAUUUGUACCUGUUGUGGUAUAUCGUUGGUAUGGCACACAACUUGAUGAGGAAAAUCGACAUUUGUUGAUCGGGGCUUCAGCUGUUUCAACAUUCCCAUUCAGAGAGUCUGUUGUUAUAACUGUAGCAGUUGAUGCCACAGAGAGCCGGACGGCAGGUUUAGAGAUUUUUGUCCGGACUGGAAACAAGUGGCAGCUGGUACAGUUUCUACCUACAUCCCAGCCCUCUGCUUUGCAGCAUUACACCUUCCACUCUGAAAAUUAUUUGCUUGUAUCAACUGUUCAGGGGCCCAGCAUCAUUUGUUGGUGGGCAGGCACUGAAAUGAUCAUUUGGGAUACUUUAAAGAGUGUGGAGAGUAUUCGUUCAAUUGGUGUUGGCUACCUUAAGGGGGAAACUCUUAUUCUUCUCGCUGAAAAGACUAGAAUCAAGGUUUACCGACCAACUGCUGCCUCCUUUCAGUUUAUUACUGAACAUGAGUUCAGCUCAUCAGUUCAGAGUGCAUCUUUUUACAGUAAAGAUGAUUCAAUCUCCUUGCUUGCCAUAACAGAGUCAAAUGGGCAGAUGAUUCCUAAUGUCUUGGAAUUGCAAGUCGUGUUCAAAGCAGCCACUAUCAAUCACAUUCCUCAAGGAUUGGACGAUCCUCUCUUGAAGUGCAUAUCCUCACUGGAAUAUAAAAUCAAGUCUCAGGAUAUCAUGCUCCAGGAUAUAUUAUCUGAAAGAUCUAAACUAAUGAUUUUGAGCAAUGUUGGCAACUUCAAAGGGAAGUUAGUUGUGAAAAAGCUUGUCCCAAAUGUUGCUGUUGUUCAACGUGUCAAUUUAACUAAGGAGGAUUCCACUACAAUGAUUCUGACACGCAGUGAACUUGAAGAGGGAAUUGAGAAAGCAAGGGGACUUGCUUUCAGACUUGCUGAUAGUUUGAAAAAUAUUGUCUUCAAAUCUUCUCCGUCCAGUUUAAGUGGACGUCUCACAACAACCAAAUUGUACAGCAGCAAUAUUAAUAUGGAGUCGGUUUACAUUUCUAAGUUAAAUGGUGUGGACUUUGAUCCUAGCAAAUUCCUGAUGUACAACAAAGAUCAAAGGCUAACAGGAAAAAUUACUGCAGAGACAAUCAAUGUUGAUUCACUUCAUGUUAGCUCUUUAAAUCACUUCAAAAUUGAAGACAUGUUAAGGAAGAGUGUUGAUCAUCAAAUAAUUUCUGGGCUACAAUUAGUGGAUCACAUCAAAGCCAGAAAGGUCGUUAUUGAGAACGAUCAGAUUCCUGUGAACGGGAUAUCUAUGUCCCGUAUUAUCACGUCAAAGUCACGCGAAGUGAUCCCUGUUACUGGGACAAAGACUUUUGCUGGUCUUGAUCUACAGCAACUUGCAGUUGGCCUGCUAAAUAAUGUGAACUUCACUCAAUGGAUUGCGAGUCUUCAGCAACCAAAUCUUCCUAUGCCAAUGCCUCCUACGUAUCCUGGUGCCAUGACCUACAAGUCUAAUGGUGAUCUUAGAAUUCACAAUUUGACUGUAAAUGGCAGGAUCAAUGGUGUUCCAAUCAAUGAUCUUCUACAUACCCUUUUCCUGAAAGGAAUGAGUCAAACAAUUAAAGGUGACAUUCAUUACCGAAGCCAAUUGAAUCUGCAGAGCCUUGAUGCAUUGCAAGUCAAUGAAAUCCCUACUUCAUCACUACUGACUCGUACUACUCACCAAGUCAUUAAGGGAUUGGCUGUUGACAGUUUGAGUGCCACUGACAUUAUUGUGGGCAGUUUAAAUGGAUUGAAACUAAGUAGAGAUGCUGCAUACCUUAAUUCGCCAUUUUCAGUCUCCACUCCUGUAACUUUCAAGAGUCUAGAAUCACAUGAACUAGUUCUUCCACCUAAAGCAAGUAUUGCUGGCCAGGAAGUGGGAAGACGCCUUCUAAAUGAACCCAAAAUAAUUUAUAAGGGUACUGUCAGAGUGGAAGGCUCAUUAAAGCUGAUGGAUGUAAAAUUGGACGAAGUUAAAGUUUUUCUUGGGGACAAGUUAAUAGAUUUCCAUGACUUGCGCCUUAACUAUUGGACCAAGAGCAGUGAUCAGGAAAUUAAAAAUAUUCUCCAAUCUUCCAAUGAACUAAGCAUACAAAAUUUAGCCAUUAAUACCAUCAAUGGUCAUAACAUUGAGGACUUUGUCAGUUUAUCAUCCACUAAAAACCUGAAAGGAACAUGGCAUUUCCCACCCUCUACUACUGUUGAUGGAGAUUUAGUUCAUGAACCAUCAGCCCUCCAGUCGCCAGUCGUCCUCAAAGAGCUGUCUUCUACUAUUGUCAAGACAAGUGGAGAAUAUGUUGUGUCCGGUUCAAAGAUUUUCCUUGGUGGAUUGUCUGUCAACCAUUUGAUGGCUGAGUACCUUGACAACAGGAUUGUAGCUGACCUUUUGGGUGCUAAAAACACACAAGGUCCAGCAUACCAAGAAAUUUGGGUUGGUGGAAACUUACAUGUCCACUCCGAUAUUUCCGUUGGAAGUGUCAACAAAGUGAAUUUGUGUGACCGCUUGUCAAAGGCGCUUUUAAUAGAUCGACCUGGUCGCAUCCCUUCAGCCACAAUUUCUGCUGUGAGCGCAACAUACAUAAACGUGAACACAAUAAAUGGAGUACCGUUUAACUUGAUUGGAGAUCCAAAUCACAAGACUGUACCAAGAGUUCACAGAGUUACUCUGAAAGGCAAUGUUUUUGUUCCGUCUUUCAUUAAUGUGCAGUCUGUUAACAACAAAUUUGUGAAAAAAGAUUACAUCGAGAGGGUUGUGGACAAAUCAAAGGAUGCAAUUAUUCGUGGGAGAAAGACAUUUGCUUCUCAGUUGAGUGUUGAGGGAAGUUUUGAUGCUCUGGACUACAAUGGUAUCAAGCUGAAGAACCUAUUUGAAAAUGUACUAUCAAAGACCAAAGAUCAACUUAUAUCUGCAAGAAUUAGAAUGAAAGACAUUGUUGCAAGUGAACUUAAGGCAUCGUUAGUGAAUAACAUUGAUGUUGGAAAUCUUUUGAGUUCUGAACUAAUGAGCCGUCAACAUAUUGAAGGAGACCUCCUCCUCACCAAUGAUGUGGAUGUAAUUGGUCAUUUAUAUACAGCUACUUUUGAGAAAACUUGUGACCUUAAUUUGGUGGCAAAGAGAUUGCAAACUUUGGAUGGAAGGCAUUGGAGUUCACUACUCGUGAAUGGUAAUUUGGAUUGGACAGAGGAUUUGCAUCAACGUAUUGCUGGCCUGGGCUACUUCCUAGGGUCUGCAGUAACCAUAAAUAGCAAUCAAGUUAUAUCUGGUGAAGUUGCAUUUGACUAUACUGCCUCAGUCGACAACUUUAAUUCCCACAAGCACAUCAAUGAUAUUGACUUUGAAAGUAUUGCUAGAGAUUCCCUCCGGAAAUCACUUCCUGACCAGGUAAUCAACAGCAAGAAAAUAUUCAGCACUAGGCUUUCUACGACUACCAUGCACAUCAUGGGUAAUGUUGCAGCUAAGACUGUCGCUGGUGUAAAUAUAUUGAAGUUCAAUAGUUCUCUUGUGAGGGUUUAUGGUGACCAGAUUGUCAAUGGAAACAAGAGGUUCCUUCAAGGUUUCACAGCUGAUCUUCUGAAAGUUGACACUGUAAAUGGUUUGGUGCCAUCUGAGGUUGCAUGUUACGACCAGCCACUUCUGCCUCCUCUUCAUUUUCUUGGUCCCCUUGAAGUCAAAACUGAUCUCAGCUUCAACAGUGUUAAUGAUUUCAAACUUGAUGAACUCCUCGCUGAAAGGGUUACCCUCGAUAGUUCUCAGCAGAUCAAUGGUCACAUCAAUUUCAUUCGGGAUGUAACUGUAGAAGGUGAAAUGGUUGCUCCACGUAUUAAUAAUCUAGAUAUAGCGGACAUUGUGCUGCGUGAUAGUCUGAUUGAGCAAGAGAUACGAGGGAAGAAGCACUUUGCACAAAAUGUGAGAGUUGAUGGACCAAUGGAAGUUGACCAAUUAUGGAAUGUUGACUUGCGAGUUGCUUACAGUGCUGCCUUAUUUAAAGAUGAAAAUGCUACCAUAUUUGGUGAUUUGAUCCUUGGCAACAUUGCAACCCUAAAUGCAAAUUUGGAUGUUAUUGAUACUGUGAAUGAUAUGAAAAUGUCUGAUUUGGCCCGCAUGCUCAAUAGUAGAUACUUCCGUAGCUUGGAAGGUGUUCAAAGUAUUGCUCGAACCAUUCAGGAGACAAACUCAUUGCUGACAGCACGGGGUGAUUUGUCUGAGUUAUUGUAUUUGGAACUUGUUGCUGAUGCUGCAGUUUCUUUCACCAAUACUUAUAGAGCCAUUGAAAGGAUGAGUGAUGGUUCAGAAAGUUUCAUAGAUGUUUAUGGCUGGGCAUCAAAUGUGCACUGUGGACUCCCUGCCACAUGUAUGUGCCCUGCACAGUACACAGUUCAUGCAUCGUCUGAAGGUCAGUUGCGCACCACUUGGUCGACAGGUCUCAAGCAGAACUCUACGCAGCGCUCCUUUACAUUCCAUUUGAAGGAUCCUCAUGUAACUGUCAUAGUGAAAACAAAUACAGUCAGCCGAGACACAAGAUGCCGUCUGGAUGGUGCAGACCGUUUAAAUGAAGUAACCUUGAUAAGCUGGGUUGAGAUGGGCUCAAACAAUGAACUGAAAGAAUUUUCAGUUAAUAUUGACUCAAAACCAAUCCUUGGAUAUGUCUCUGAUGUCAAAACGAUAGUUGUUAAUGGUCAUGUAUAUGUUGUUCUUGGUAUUUAUUACAAUCCCUAUCUUGAUACUACUAAUCUCAACAGCGUGGUAGUCUACAUAGAUCGUACAACUCAAAGAGCAAGAAUAGUUGCAGAGUUCCCAACACAGGGAGUUCUUAGUCUAGAUGUAUUUUCUACUACAGCUGGACAUCACCUUGUUGUGGGAAAUAGCUUUGAUUCCUCAAAACAAUCCACCAAAGUUUCUCUCGAUAUAUAUAGAUUUUCUCCUAGAACUGAAGAGCUGAAACUUGUUAAGAGAAUUCCGUCUGACAGUGUUGUCUCUGCUGUCAGUGUGGUGCAAGGAGGAGAUAGUCUGAUAGUUAUUGCUCAGAAACAGCUUUACGCUCCAGUCAUUGUGCUCAAACACGAUUCAGCACAUGAUGAUUAUCAUUUUGUACAGCAGUUGAAUCCAAACUCCAUACCAACUGGAUUAGGAGUCUUUUAUGUUGGCCAGGCAGGAAUUAGUGAUGCCUACCUUGGAGUUACGACUUCUGAUGACCUAUUUUACCUCUACAAAUUCAGUCAUAUAGAGGGCUUCAAACCUGUAAUGCAAACUGAACUUAAGGGCGCACAAGGCUUCUCGUCAUUUUUCGUGGGACCUCGGCAAUACCUACUCAUCACAUCAUCUAGUUCUCCUUCAGUAUUUGAAAUUGUCAAGCAAUCAUAAAUGCCAGGUCAUUCAGUUGUUUU